UCUUAUUAUUCACCUGUCAAAAAUGACGAUAACAAUUUCAUUGUAAAAAAAUUACGAUUCAAUAUCAAAACAUUGUCGUCUCCCCAUGGAAAUGAUACGCAAUAUUAGAUAACAGACGUCUGCAUUCGUAACUAAAACCAAAACAAACAGUGACAUUGCAAAAUUUAUGUAAAUUUCAGUAAUGUACGAGUGUUGCAAAUCCUUUGUGUAAUUAGUGACCAUGGCUGUGAACAUCGCGAAUGACUCGCCUAAAUACAGGAACAGCUUGAUAUGCUGCAGUCCAAGCGUGGAAGCUACUUCUAGAACUUCCACAUCGUCUACUUCUGGCGGAGUUUCUGUCGACGAAGGUUACGACUCGAAUUGUAUACCAAAGUCAGUAGCGAACAAAAAGUUGAAGAUACACAGCUCAGCAACGAAGGAGGAGAUUGAGAAAGCCAUUCAACAGUGUAAAGAACUCGUUUUGAACAGCGAACAGUGUUCAGACGAGCGAAAAUGGUUCGUAAGAUACCUUGUAGAACUCAGAUUAAGGUUAGAGGAUUUAAAAGAGAAUAAUGGCAAAGCUAGGGACCGUGUUUCCAUAAAAGGUCAUCAUUUUGAACAGCAAACGAAUCCCAGUAACCGCAAACAGUACUGCGAUCACUGCAGUGGGGUGAUAUGGAGCAUUGUGCAAGGUUCGUACAUUUGUAACGACUGUGGAUACUUGUGUCAUUACAAAUGUGUUGACCACAUCUGUAGGGUAUGUGCACAUGUAGUUAUGACUGAGAAAGGAAGCUUCGAAAUGAGUAUAUGUCCCGAAAAAGGGUUAGCAGCACAAGAUUAUAAAUGUGCAGAAUGUCAAACAGCGUUAACUUUCAAAGAUUCUUGGAACGAACCUCGGUUAUGUGACUACACCGGCCUGUACUUCUGUGCUACAUGUCACUGGAACGAUUUAAUGGCAACUCCAGCGAGAGUUAUUCACAACUGGGACUGGGAGAAGCGGUACGUUUCCCGAUUAGCAUUCCAAAUGCUGAACUUAUCUUGGGCAAGACCGUACAUCGAUAUUGAGACUAUAAACCCUAGAUUAUUUAACUUUAUAGCUGAAUUGGAGUGGGUGCACCGAAUGAGGAAGGACUUGGAGUGGAUGAGACGGUACCUGUGCGCUUGCGUAGACGGCACAGCCUUACUAUCACCGUUAUUUGUACAAUUCGGUGACGUGAACAAGAAAUACAGUAUGAGCCAUUUACAGGCCAUUCAAGAUGGAACACUUGAGAGACAGCUAAUGGAAUUGACCGAGACCUGCCGUUCUCACAUAACGAGUUGUGACCGAUGUUCAGGGAAAGGGUAUUUAUGUGAAAUCUGUAAAAACAACGAGGUAUUGUACCCAUUUGACAGUGGAGCAUUAAUGUGUGAUAAAUGUAACUCUAUGUAUCAUCGAAGAUGUUGGUUAAGAAAAGGGGAGAAAUGUCUCAAAUGUGUACGUUUGGAAGAACGCAAGAAGACAGUUGAUGACGUACAAGUAGACACAGUUGCCUUAGAGUAUGACAUAGACAAGUUUGUGAAUUGAAUUGUACCUGACUUUCGAAUUCGUUAACUAACUUUAGGAUGUACGUUUAUUCUAUUACACAUAUACAAGAUACAGUACUUUGCUGAGUUUGGAAUUUCUCAUUAGUAUUUCUUAGUAUUCAAACAAUACUCAAGCAAGCUAUUUACUGUGCAAACACAGCAUUGCCUAUAUUUAGUUUAUAAGAUCAUAAAUUCCAUUCAAAGCAAUAGCUGUCAUUUGAACAUCUUUGGCAGUCCGAUGAGUCUGACAACCAGUCUUAUCAAGGGGUAUUGGGUUGCCCAGGUAACUGGGUUGAGGAGGUCAGCUAGGUAGUCGCUCCUUGUAAACUGUUAUCAGCUACAUCCGGUUAGACUGGAAGCCGACGCCAACAUAGUUGAGAAAAGGCUCAGGAUAUGAAAUACCUUACUUAGCAAAUAUGUUUCUUGUAUAUGUGUAAUUGUUUUUAUCACGAAUCUUAAGCAUGUAAAUAUGUAUAAUGAGCGGGCUUAUUAAAGAGUGUAAUAUAUUAAUAGUUAAGCUAAAUAAUUAGUGCCUAAACAUGUGAAUUGUUUUAUAUUGUAUAAGCUUAAUUCAAUUCAAUAUAUUCAUUUGCUGAGUGAAUUUAGACUACUGACCACAGAUGUGAAUUCAAUGGUGCCUAUAGGCAGAAAUAAUUUUAGUUUCCUUAUGUAAAAUUAAUAUUAGUAUUUAUGUUUUAUAAACUGCAAUACAUACAUAUUACCAUUAUAAAUAGUUUUUAAAAUUCCAGUUACAUAUUAUUUUCAGUUGAUUGUAUUUUAUAUUAUUUUCUCUAUAAACAGAUUUUUAUAUUAUUUAAAUGUUAAAAACUUGAUUGACAUCAAUAAUUAUAUUUGAAUAUUUAUUUAUAAAAACCCAGUUGUUUUAGUUAUUAAGAAUAUGCAGACUGAAAUUGACGAAAUUUAUGAAAACUGUGCAGACUUUAGUUUUGUGACGAAAUAAUUUAAAAAACCUGUUUUUUAGUUUUAUGCAUAGUGAACCAUGUCUGUGUUCAGUUAGGUAUAAAUAAAUAUAGAAUAUGUGAAUGACCUCUUUAUAAUUAUAAUGACAUGUUACAGACAAUACAGAGAUACCAUUAUUAA